AUGGGGCUUCUAAAGUUGUCCACGAGUGCAUUUGUCCUCAUCAAUCUGUACCUUGCUCCCUCGAUUGAAGCCAGAAGCUGUGACGGAACACAGGUAACAACGCUCAAGGCUAACCAGGUGGUUAUCAAAGGCGCUCCUCAAUGUCCGCAAAAUGAUGGCGAUAUCAUUGAGACCAGUGAUGGUGGCUACUACAACUUCCAGUGCUGCAUGCACGAGUCUAAAGGAUCGAAGUUCAUCAAAAAUGUUCAGACGACAGGGUAUGAUGACUGCAUCAACCAAUGCACCUUGACGGACAAUUGUCAAGCGUUCCGCUACGUCUUCGGUGAUUACAACGACGAAAAAGCUGGAGACUGUAAGCUUUAUGGAAGUGGCACUUUCUCGGACACGAAGUGCGGAAACACACUACAUGACUGGGCCUAUCUCACUGAUCCUCCGGUGAUCGAGGUCCCUGAAAGUGUGCGAGCAGCAUGCUCAACCGAGUGCCCCGAUGCAGAUGGUCAGAUAUAUACUGCCAGAAACAAACAGGUGUUCCACUUGGAUUGUCAGAAGCGCCAUGGAACAGCUUGGUUCCACAAGCUCGAUUCGAACUCCUUGAAAGAAUGCACAGAGUCCUGUGCCUCGUUCAUCGGAUGCCAGAGUGUCGACUAUCACAAACGUACUAAGAAGUGCUACCUUGGCAAGCGUACUUCAAAGCCCACCCUCGACGCCCCCGGAUGGGCAACUGCUUACUCGCUUGGCUGCUCGGGAGCGUGCUCUGAAGAUUCCUGUGGUAAUACUUGUGGCUCAAUGGCCCCUCCGGCCAAUAUUACUCCUAAACCAGAGCAGGAUCAAGAGCCCAUUGUGCCAGCCAAUCCUGCCACACCUCCGCCGCCCAAGGAAAUAAAUUGCAACGAUCACAACAACUCGCAAGUUGACCUAGAUGGCACAAAGUAUGAGAUUCGUUGCGGCAAACAGUACCGUGAGAACGGCCGUCAGGUAGCAUCUGGAAUCUCCUACACUGAAUGCCUGAAGCUGUGCAGUGCAGACUCGACCUGCAACUCGGUGGAUUACUGGGAACCUAGUGGUGGACAGUCCUGCUAUCUCUUCAGUGUCACUGGAGAACCAGCUCAUUCAACCGAUUUAAAUUGGGCUGCCUUCAAGGCUUGA